AGAUAACACACAUUUUCUCUCUCUUUUCCUAUCAAAUAACUCAGAGCCAGAAACGUCCCUCUUCUCUUACCUGUCUUCCCUCUCAAAUUGCACUCUACUUUUUCUUCGAAAUAUCUCUCCAUUCCACUUAGCUGAUAACAACCUUCCCCACGUGCUUUUUUUUUUGUUGCUUUUGAACCAAACAAUCGCCACUCUCACACACCUUUGUUUCCUCUCUACUCCUUUUGCUUCUCAUUUUAUUUUGUUUUUAAAUUUAUUUAUAUUCCCUUGGUAAGACUUGCAAUAUCAUAUCUUCUGGUUGAAGCAAAGAAAUUUAGUAUUUUUUCUUUGUCAAAACCAUUUUGGAAGAUAUGGUGAAUCCAGGAUUGUUUUCUGGGAGUAAGUCAGUGAAUUCAGUGAAGGUAAGCUUUUGGUUACCGUAUUUUACUCAAUGGGGUCAGAGCUUGCUGGUGUGUGGUUCUGUACCAGUGCUUGGUUCCUGGAAUGUGAAGAAGGGUGUGUUGCUUACUCCCUUUCAUCAAGGGAAUGAGCUCAUCUGGGGCGGAAGCAUCACAGUGCCAACAGGGUUCCAAUGCCAGUACAACUAUUAUGUGGUUGAUGAUAACAAAAAUGUUCUGAGAGGGGAGAUGGGGAAGAAGCGUGAACUGGUACUCCCUGAAGGUAUUCAGAGUGGCCAGGAGAUUGAGUUCCGUGAUCUUUGGCAGACUGGCUCAGAUGCUCUCCCUUUCAGUAGUGCUUUCCGAGAUGUUAUUUUUCGGCGAAGCUGGGAUUUGAGCAUUAAGGCAACAGUAGGAGACAAACACAUUAAUUUUGCACCAGAAGCACAAUCCAUCAUCGUCCAAUUCAAAAUUUCCUGCCCAAAUAUUGAGAAAGCCACAUCAAUAUAUGUGAUUGGUAGCAAUACAAAGUUGGGGCAGUGGAAGGUUGAAAAUGGACUAAAACUCAGCUAUUUUGGUGAAUCUGUCUGGCAAGCUGAAUGUGUGAUGCAAAGGAGCGAUUUUCCAGUAAAAUAUAGAUAUUGCAAAUACGGCAGAUCUGGGAACGCUUCUAUAGAGAAUGGUCCAAAUCGAGAAGUGUCCAUUAACUCCUCAAGGAAUGAGGCGAAAUAUAUUUUUCUUUCAGAUGGGAUGAUGCGGGAAACCCCUUGGCGUGGUGCUGGUGUGGCAAUCCCCAUGUUUUCUGUUAGGUCGGAAUCUGAUCUAGGAGUUGGAGAGUUUCUUGACCUUAAGUUACUAGUUGACUGGGCCGUAGCAUCUGGUUUUCAUUUAGUUCAACUUUUACCAAUCAAUGAUACAUCUGUGCAUAGGAUGUGGUGGGAUUCUUAUCCAUACAGUUCACUCUCGGUAUUUGCGCUGCAUCCAUUGUACCUGAGAGUACAAGCUCUUUCUGAGAACAUGCCAGUGGAGAUCAAGAACGAGAUUGAGAUGGCAAAGCAGCAAUUGGAUGGGAAGGAUGUUGAUUAUGAGGCUACAAUGGCUACUAAACUCUCAAUUGCUAAGAAAGUUUUCACUCAAGAGAAAGAUUUGAUACUUAAUUCAAGUUCCUUUCAGGAGUUCUUUUCUGAGAAUCAGGGUUGGUUGAAACCCUAUGCUGCCUUCUGUUUCCUGCGGGACUUUUUUGAAACAUCAGAUCGCAAUGAAUGGGGUCGUUUUGCCCAUUAUUCCGAAGAUAAACUAGAGAAACUUGUAUCAAAGGAAAGCCUGCAUUACGAGAUAAUUUGCUUCCACUACUAUGUUCAAUACCAUCUACAUUUGCAAUUAUCAGAAGCUGCUGAUUAUGCAAGAAAGAAGGGAGUGAUACUAAAGGGAGAUCUUCCUAUUGGAGUUGACAGAAACAGUGUGGAUACCUGGGUUGAUCCAAAUUUGUUCCGAAUGAACACUUCUACUGGGGCACCUCCGGAUUAUUUUGAUAAAAAUGGGCAGAAUUGGGGCUUUCCUACGUAUAAUUGGGAAGAAAUGUCAAAAGACAACUAUGCUUGGUGGCGAGCUCGGUUGACUCAGAUGGCAAAAUAUUUUACAGCUUAUAGGAUUGAUCACAUAUUGGGAUUCUUCCGAAUUUGGGAGCUUCCAGAUCAUGCUAUGACAGGUCUAGUUGGAAAAUUCCGACCAUCUAUUCCUCUAAGUCAGGAAGAACUUGAAAGAGAAGGAAUAUGGGACUUCAAUCGUUUGAGUCGCCCAUAUAUUAGGCAGGAACUCUUACAGGAAAAAUUUGGAGCUGCUUGGACAUUUGUUGCAACAACUUUUCUGAAUGAAUAUGACAAGAACUGCUAUGAGUUCAAGGAGGAUAGCAACACAGAGAAAAAAAUUGCUUCCAAACUGAAAAUUUGUGCAGAAAGUUCCCUCUUGUUGGAGACUGAAGACAAAAUCCGGCGCAAUCUCUUUGAUCUUUCACAGAAUAUAGUUCUAAUCCGAGACCCGGAGGAUCCAAGAAAAUUUUAUCCUCGUUUCAACCUUGAGGACACCUCAAGUUUCCAGGAUUUGGAUGAUCAUAGCAAGAAUGUCCUCAAAAGAUUAUACUAUGACUACUAUUUCCAUCGUCAAGAGAAUCUUUGGAGGCAGAAUGCGUUGAAGACCCUGCCCGUACUUCUAAACUCAUCAGACAUGCUGGCAUGUGGCGAAGAUCUGGGCCUCAUUCCAUCUUGUGUCCAUCCUGUUAUGCAAGAACUGGGAUUAGUUGGGUUGCGCAUUCAGCGGAUGCCCAAUGAACCUGGUUUGGAAUUUGGUAUUCCUUCUCAAUACAGCUACAUGACGGUAUGUGCCCCAUCAUGUCAUGACUGUUCCACCAUGCGAGCUUGGUGGGAAGAAGAUGAAGAAAGAAGACAACGGUUUUUCGAGAAUGUGGUGGAGUCUGAUGCAUUGCCACCCGAUCAAUGUGUUCCAGAAGUUGCACAUUUUAUUUUAAGGCAACAUGUUGAAGCCCCAUCAAUGUGGGCAAUUUUUCCUCUUCAGGACUUGUUGGCAUUAAAAGAAGAAUAUACAACACGCCCUGCAACAGAGGAGACAAUCAACGACCCUACGAAUCCGAAGCACUAUUGGAGAUACCGUGUACAUGUGACUCUGGAAUCAUUGAUUAAGGAUAAUGAGCUCAAAACCAUCAUCAAAGAUCUUGUACUUUGGAGUGGAAGAUCAGUUCCUCCAGAGGACUCUGAAGAAGAAGCAGCGAGCCUAGUGUCAGCAUCAUCAGUAACAGAUGCUGUCUCUGAAAAGAUUCGUCUGUCUUCUGAAUCGAAUGGAGUUCCACGAAAAGAACCUUUGGCUGUACUCUAAUGUUAUCCAUACUAGCCCUUUGAUUCACUUUGUUACAUUACAUAACCUGCUGCAAUGAAGAGAAAAAUAAGGAUUCAUCCAUGUGAUGGAACUUGUAGUUCCCUCUGUUUCCAUAAUGUUUUCUUUAUAAGGAAAAUAAUAAUACAUUCAGAAGUAUGAAUAUGCCUAUAAGUUGUACCUAUUAUAAUAAUAGUUAUUAU